AUGAAGAAAUUUUAUUCAACAAUACAACAAUUAGAUAUUUUUGGUCAAACAAUAACGCUAAAUAUCAACAAAGAUUCCUACUACAAAACCUUCUUUGGUGGAAUUUCGUCAAUAAUGAUCAUUGCGAUUCUAAUUGCUUUUUUUUUCUCAAACGUUAUGGAUUUCCUAAAUUAAACAGAAAUCAUAUUUUCACUUGAAACGAAGUUCACCAUAAAUCCAGAUGAGAUGAUUUUGACAUCUUAGAAUUAUAUGGCUGCAUUUUCCAUAGAAUAAGUAGGAUAUGUACUCAACCCAUACUUCAACAUCUCAAUAGAAUAAAGACAAUACAUUCGAGAUGAAAACGGGAAGUUAAACAAAAGUGUAACCUACAUCCCAUUGGAAGCUUGCACAUUAUAACAUUUCGAUCUUUUGUUGAACGAAUCAAACAUAAAUUUCGAGGAGCAAUACAAUUAACUUGAUUUCUCAAAUUGGUUGUGCCCCAAAAAGGAUUUUUAAUUCAAACUUAGUGGUACAUAUUCUAGUUAGGAAUUUAACUUUAUCAAAAUCGUUGUAAAUGAUUGUUAAUAGAAAAAGGAGAAUGAAACAGGAUGGAAUCCAGUUUGUGCCUCAGAAUAAAUUAAACAAUAACACCUAUAAAAGGAAGGAUAAUUUAAAUUUUAAAUUUAUUAAGUCAAUUCUGUUGUUAAUCCAGGUUAACCAAAGACCUAUGUGAGCUCAUAUUUGGAUGGAGAAAUGUACUUUACAUUUGUGCCUAAAAAGAUGUCCAGAUAAGCCAACCUAUUUUACAGAAAAUAUUAAUUCUUGAAUGAUUUAUCACUAUUGCCACUGGAGAAUAUCCAAGAAGAGGAAGUUGUUGUUAGAGAGAACUCAGAUUAUAGAGAUUUAACAGAGUUAGGAAGGGAUACCGAUAGCAAUUACGCAGUUAUUUAUUUGAGGAGAAGUUAAUUUACUGAGAUUGUGAAUAGAAGAUAUACUUAGAUAGGGGAGCUUCUUUCUUAUUUAGGAGGCUUUCUAUAAAUAAUGAUAACUGGACUAGGGAUCUUCAUUAUGUACUAUAAUAAGGUUUAAAUGCAGAUCGAACUAUCAAAUAAGUUAUAUAAUUUUAAGAUAAAUUCUGGGAAUGAGUAAAAUUAGACAAGUAUAAUAAAACCUAGUUAAAUAUUGAAUGCAAAGGGUCUAUCAAUAUCUGUUGAAGACUCGUAGAAUUAGAAUUUAAAUGAGAGUAUGGCUGAUGAUAAAUAAAAGAAGAAUUAUCUAAAGAAGGCGAUUAUUAAAUAGUUUUAGUAGUUGAAUAGGGUUAGUCUAUCAAUAAAGUUAAUCUUAAAUUAGUUGACUUUCGGAUUAUUGUUCAAUAAUAACGAUUCGCAAUUUUUGACGAAGGCUAUUAAUAAAGUGAAUAAUGACCUCAACAUCCACGAUAUCCUUUACAAGGUUUAGGAAGUAUAGAAAUUGAAGCAAGUAUUAUUGAGAAGAUCUUAAAUUAUUUUAUUUAAUUUCACUCCUAAGCCCCUGAUUACUCUGGAUGAUGAUUAUCAUUUGCCGAAUCGAAUGGAUAUUGAAGAGAAUUUAAGUGAUUUGAUUAAUUCGAAUUUCGGAGAAAAGAAUGAAAAUAACGAAAAGAGCGAUAAGAAUUUGUUCACUGACUUAUACCAUGCUUAUUUGGAGAUAAAGAAGGAAUUGGAAGACGAGUCAAUGCCUUUUUGUUAGUUUUCUUUGAAUGCGUAAUUAGCCUUAGAAUUAGGUCCGUAAAUGCAGGAUAUAUUCAAGAAUUAGGAGUAGAUUGAGAAUCAGGAAAAGGUGGCAUACUCAGUUAUAUUAAAGUCUGUAAAUGAAUGA